AACAUUUUCCAUCGUGUAUUUCCGGGAAGUUGUUUUCGUGGCGGAGAACGUACACGAGCAACUUCUGUGUAAUGUUUUUAUAAAAUAAAACAAAAGUCUUCCGUGUUUGUAUUUUAUCACAGCGAAAGAACUCAGAAGAAGUAAUGUUUAAUCUGCAAAACACGAACUAACAGCUCGGGGUCUUAGAGAAUAACCUCUGGAUGUUGGGGCUGCGGGCUCUGCUUGGGAUCGGGGUCCUAGUGACAUCACGAGGAGGUGGGCUUCUUGCUCAGAAGGGGGUGUGUCCACUGCUUGGUGGGAAUAGCCCUCUCAGCCGGGAGUGUCCCAGACACCAGUCCACCAUGGCCCAGGCAGUCAAAUUCCUCAGUCAGGAGGAGGCCCAGCACAUCGACGAGGAGCUCUUCACUGAGUACCAGUACAGCGUAGACCAGCUGAUGGAGCUGGCGGGGCUGAGCUGUGCCACAGCUGUUGCUCGGGCGUACCCCCUGGACUCCCUGCUGAAACCCAGGCCAACAGUGCUGGUGGUGUGUGGCCCAGGAAACAAUGGGGGAGAUGGGCUUGUCUGCGCUCGCCACCUCAAGCUCUUUGGUUAUGAACCUACCAUAGUGUACCCGAAGCGGCCCAACAAGCCCCUGUUCCAGAACCUCACAGUCCAGUGUGAGAAGAUGGACAUCCCAUUUCUGCCGGAGAUGCCCAGCGAGGAGGUGGUGAUUGACGAGGCCUACAACCUGGUGAUCGAUGCCAUCUUCGGCUUCAGCUUUCAGGGUGCGGUUCGUGAACCCUUUGGCUCCAUCAUCAGCACACUGAAGAAGGCCACAGUGCCCAUUGCCAGCAUUGACAUCCCUUCAGGCUGGGAUGUGGAGAAAGGCAGUCCUGACGGCCUACAACCAGACCUGCUCAUUUCUCUCACGGCUCCCAAGAAGUCAGCAAGACACUUCCGUGGCCGUUACCACUUCCUGGGGGGUCGGUUUGUGCCUCCGGCUCUGGAGAGGAAGUACCAGCUGAACCUGCCCCAGUACCCAGGCACAGACUGUGUGUUACAGCUGUCAUAGCCUUGCACCCAACCACAACACCCCCCCCCCCCCACCGGUAGCCAUGGAAAAAGAGCACAGCUUGAGUAUGUAAAAUUUGCAGCCAAACAGCACUACAUGGCCUGAGUACACUUAGGAAAUUUAAUGUAGGGAAAGGGGAUUGAAAAAUAUAUUCUGUCACUGAGUAAUUCCAGUGGCUCAGUGUAAGGUGACAAAAAAAAAACUCUUUCUGUAUCUAUGGGUGUGAAAUUUGUUUCUCUUCUGAGUUUUGUUUUGCAACUCCCCUAAAGUCUGUAAUCUUACCAAAUUUGCUUUAUUCGAUCCCAAAAUGAUUUUUUCCUAAAGCAAAUAAACUAUUCAGUCCUUAUAA